AUGGCCAUUACAGGAGGAGGCGUUGUUCUCGAGAUAGGCGCAAAUGUCACCACCGUCUCACCAGGCGACAAAGUCCUUCUAUCCUUCUCAUCAUGUGGUUCGUGUCCUGGAUGCAAAUCAGACCACCCAGCGUAUUGCUACAGCUUCAACGAUUACAACUUCAGUGGUAAACGCCCAGACGGGUCAGCUGCCAUGUCGAUCAUGGAAGAUGGGAAGAAGCUACCAUGUUACAGCACCUUCUUCGGCCAAAGCUCCUUUGCGGCGCGAACAAUUGUUCAUCGAUCGAGUAUUGUCAAGGUCCCUCAACAAACACCACUGGACCUCUUUGCGCCGCUAGGAUGCGGUAUACAGACAGGCGUUGGUGCUGUGUUCAACACCCUAGACGUCAAGCCUGGUAGCUCCAUCGCGAUUUUCGGCGUUGGCUCUGUUGGCUUGGCCGCUGUGAUGGCGGCAAAGAUCCGAAAGGCCAGCAGGAUUAUCGCCAUCGACCUGCAGCCAGAGCGACUAAAAUCAGCCAAAGAACUAGGUGCCACGGAUGGAGUGCUUGGCCCUGAUCAGGAGUACAUCAUCAAGGCGGUAAAGGACAUCUGUCCCCCUCUUGGUGUCGACUUUGCAGUUGACUGCACUGGCGUCCCUUCCAUCGUCGAAACUAUGGUCGCCUCGUUGGGCAUGAGGGGCAGAGCCGCUACAGUUGGCGCACCUGGAGGCAACGCGCAUGCUAAGAUAGACAUCAUGAGUCAUCUCACGUACGGCAAAGAGUACGUGGGUUGCUCUGAGGGUGACAGUAAUCCUGGGGUUCUGAUCCCUGAGCUCAUCGAGAUGCAUGCCAAGGGUCUUCUACCACUGGAGAAGAUGAUAGCGUACUAUGAUAUCAAGGACUUCGAGAAAGCCAUGGCCGAUAUGAAGAGUGGCAAAGUCAUUAAGCCAGUCUUGAAAUGGACUGGAUAG